AUGACCAGCCCCGUGCUGGUGGCUGUGCCAGACUGUCAGGGGUCAAGUUACCGUGCGUCCACCGUCCUCUCAGUCACUCAGGCUCAGAACCUCAGUGUCAUCUUCGGCCUGCUGCGGCCAGGGCCUGUCAUUUAUCCCAUCACGGCAUCUCUCCAACGUGCCCUCACCCCGGUGCCGGCCCCAUCACCUAGGACCCGGACUAUGGUCCGCCUGCCUCCAUCCCGCCCCUCCAGCCCAUCGCCCAUUCAGCCGCCAAGCACGGGUUUGGCCACGUCACCCAUUCCUCAGCUUUCCUCCGAGUUGGAAGCGAACUUGCGGCUCACCUCUGCCGCUUCCAGCCCCGCUCUGAGAUCUCUUUCCAUCUACUCUGCUUACAACUUGUCUGAUGCUCAUGGUCUUGCCCAUGGUCUCAGUGGGCUCCGGAGGGCAGGGACCCGUGCCAGGCGCACGAAACGUAAUGAAUGUGAGAAGGUCUUCCACCAGAAAACGCAACUUACUCAGCAUAAGCAAAUUCACACUGGAAAGAAACCUUAUGUAUGUAAUGAAUGUGGGAAGGCCUUCCGAAAAAACGCACAUCUUACUAAGCAUCAGAGAAUUCAUGCUAUAGAGAAACCUUAUGAAAGUAAUGAAUGUGGGGAGGCCUUCUGUUGGAAGACACAACACAGCCAACAUCAGAGAAUUCAUGCUAGAGAAAAAACUUAUGAAUGCAACAAAUGUAGGAAGACUUUCCGUUGGAAGACACAGCUUAAUGAACACCGGAGAAUUCGUACUGGAGAGAAACCUUAUCCUUGUAAUGAAUGUGGGAAAGCCUUCCGAAAGAAUGCCCAGCUUAUUCAGCAUCAACGAAUUCAUACAGGAGAGAAACCUUAUGAAUGUAAUGAAUGUGGCAAAGCCUUCCAAAAGAACACACAUCUUGCUGAUCAUCAGAGAAUUCACACUGGAGAGAAGCCUUAUGAAUGCAAUGAAUGUGGAAAGGCCUUCCGCCAGAGCACCCACCUUACCGAACAUCAGAGAAAUCAUACUGGAGAGAAGCCGUAUGCAUGUGAUAAAUGUGGGAAGGCUUUCCGCUGGAACACACAACUUACUCAACACCAGAGAAUUCACACUGGUGAGAAACCUUACGAAUGUAAUGAAUGUGGGAAGGCUUUCCGUCAGAAUACACAGCUUACUCAACAUCAAAGAAUUCACACUGGAGAGAAACCUUACAGACGUAAUGAGCGUGGGAAGGCUUUCCGUCAGAACACACAUCUUACCGAGCAUCAGAGAAUUCACACUGGAGAGAAGCCUUAUGAAUGUGAUAAAUGUGGGAAGGCCUUCUGUUGGAGCACACAACUUACCCGACAUCAGAGAAUUCACAGUGAAGAUAAGCCUUACAAACAUAAUGAAUGUGGGGAGACCUCCUGCCGAGGCACAGAAAUCAUUCUGCCCCCUUCCUUUCUCCCUUCCACAAAGAAACAGCCCCUUGGUGUUGCACCUACCCUUCCUUUACCGCAGACUGAGCAGAACAACAGAAGCUUCUCAUUCUUUCUCUCUUCCUAAUGAUUGAUCAGGGGUUCAGAGGCCUAGACCCGCUCUCCUUAAGUCUUGUGUGUCUCUCCCUAUCCCUCUCCCACUCUCUUUCUCUCCAUCUCUUG